AAAGGAAUAUAGCGCGCCGCUUUUGCAAAACCCACAAGAAAAACCCUUGAGCACCUUUCCCACCGUCGAUCGCUACCCACGUCAGCGAUCCACGUGCUGGUUCCAGAUUCGACGGCCCAGAUCAGUCCUCUUCUCCCCACACCCAUCACUCCUGAGAGCAAGCCUCUUCCCCCUGUUUCGCCUCUUUCUUCCCACUCUUUUUUUCCAUCAUAAUUUUUUUCAAAAAAAAAAAGGAAAAUUAAUUUGUUUCUUCUGAAAAUUAUGGCGGUUUUCGAAGAGGAGAAAGUGUUCGAGGAGGAAGUCGACGGAGAGGACGACGGCGACGAGGACGAUGAAGAGGGGGAGGAGGAGAACGACGACGAGGAUGAGGAGGAGGAAGUGUUGAACAGCGGCGCAGGCAGGUCGGCGGCGACGCCUGUUGACGUAGACGAUGAGGAUGAAGACGGAGAGGGCGAAGACGAUGAAGGUGACGACGACGACGACGACGAUGAUGACGACGACGACGACGAUGACGAGGAUGAAGAGGAAGAAGUCGAAGGAGAGGAAGAGGGUGAUCUUGGCACCGAAUAUCUAGUGAGACCAGUUGGUCGUGCUGAGGAUGAGGAAGAUGCGAGCGACUUUGAGCCACAAGAGAACGGGGAGGAAGAUUUUGACGAGGAAGAAGACGAUGAGGAUGAUGGGGGAAAAGUCGAGGCGCCGCCCAAGAGAAAACGUUCAGGCAAGGAUGAUCCCGAUGAUAGCGAUGGUGGAGAGGAUGACGAGAGGCCACCAUCCAAGCGGUAGGGGUGCGGCCUCCUUAGAUUUCCACCACUCUACACAACACAUAGCUCUGUAGCUGGUUCGAGUAUCUCGGUCGUUUCUGUAUUAUGUUGGUACACAUAUCGUAGGAUUCAUAUAAAAACUGUUUCGAGACAGUGUUUGAAAACUUUGCUGGUUAGCUUCAUGUGAGCUAUACUAGCAUUAUUAGUUUAGAGUAGUUCUAUCUUGUACCCUUGAAGUUUCCAUUGGAUAUUCACUAAUGACCGAUAGCGGCUAUUCGAUGUAAUUCUUCCCAUUCUACUCAA